AUGCCAUUUUCACAAAAAAAUAAUUUAUUAACUAAAAUUAUUAAUUUAUUAAUUAAUUUAAUUAUAAUUAUUUUGUUGCUUUCUCCACAAUUAAAAACAGAAGAGACGAUAAAGAAAAAUACAAAAAUUUUAAAUAUUAAAAAUAUUGAGAAAACAAUAAAAACAAUGUUUUGGCUUUCUGUAGAAAUUAAUUCUGUUGAAUUUAGAAAGGGCUGUUUGAGUACGGCGUUGUGCCAUCGACCGACGUUUAAAUUGAGUCAAACAAUGACUUUAAAUGGCCAAACUGUUAUGAUGAGUUGGCCGAUGGAGGGAGGUGCUGAAACUCUUUUACAGGUAAAUUUAAAAAUUUAAAUUUGGGGUCUUUUGGCCUAUUUUUAUGAAAUUGGACACUUGAGUCUGGCCAUAUUUUUGACCAUAACUUUU